AUGAUUAAAGAUAAAUAUAUAAAAGUGACUGAUCCUAUAUAAGAUUAAAAAGGUAAGAAAAUAAUUCUGAAUGAUGUUUCAGGAUAUGUAAAACUUGAAUAAAUAACUACUAUAAUGAGAUCAUAGAUGAGGGGAGCUUAUUUUCUUAGUGGAAAAUCAGCAGUAUUUUCUGUAUUAGGACCUUUAUUAAAGUUAUGUAUAAAUAUUAUUCUAUUUUCAUUCUUUUAAAAAGAAAUAUUUUUUUAAAAAAGAAAAAUCAAGAAUAUGUAUAGAGCAUUUUCAUAUUUAAUGAGUAAAGUUUUCUUAAGUGGAAAUGGUAUAAAUUUUAAUUUUGAAAUAGAUUUACUGGAUGUUUAUUUAAAGAUGCCAAACAAUCUUUAUCAUUAUAUCCAAUACUUUCAAUUCCUUCUAAGUAUUUAGUGGAUAAUAUACAACUUUAACUUCUAUCCAUAAAUUUAUGAGUUAGGUUCAAUAUAUAUUAGUAUAAAAUUUAUUAUUAUUUAGCCAUUUAAAUAUUUUUUAGAAUGAUUUGAAAGAAAUUAAUUAAAUGAUGCUAUAUUUGACUUAGAUCCUACAGGAAAAGUUAUAUCUCUGUGGGAUUACUAUGGAAUGGAUGUAAAAUUGUGCUAUAGUAUUAAUAUCUAUUGCAGUUAUGUUUCAAGUUUUUGAUGAAGUCUUUCUAAAACUUUUAGUUAACAAAUUAAAUGUUUGUAAUUGA